AACCUCUCCCUGCGGGAACGACAAUAUCCAGCUCCUAACAUUCCCAAUUUGGAAUUGCAAAUCCUCGCCAAAGGACUCAGUCUGAGCGGCAUAAACCACAUUCUUUCUUUAAUGGCGUCAGAAACGCGUCUCACGCUCGCGUUAUCGUACAGGAGGUAUGGCGGCUAAUCAGACGCUCUGUGAAUCCGCAUUAGUUAGAUUUUUUAAUGCAUGCGUUUGAUAUGAUUAUAAUACGAUCAUUCGAUUAUUAGUCAUUCAAAAGAUGCAUAUGCGCGCAUACGGUGCACAAAUUGCCUAAUCAAAUCGCAGGUGUUACAAACAGGAUUAAGCGAUGAAAUUCAAUUUCAAAAUGCAUGACGGAAUGGACAGACUGAUUUAAAAGCGCUGGUUGCAUUGGUUUGUGAUUACUGGAUGCUGAGGAGUCUGGGGAGAGUUUGAGGUGGUCCACACCCCGUAAUUGUUCCAGCCAUGUCCCCUCCAGCAUCCGCUGCGACAGCCAGUGAGAGCAGCACCACCACUGUGUUCGAGGACGACCCAGACGGCACUAGAGAGGAGCAGAGGCCUGUGAAACAGUCACUGAACAAGUCCAUGUGCAGAGAGGUGUUCUGGAAAUGCCUUCUGCUGUCCAUGCUCAUGUACGGCUGCAUGGGAGCCAUGGUGUGGUGCCACGUCACCAAGGUCACCCGGUUGACAUUUGACAGUGCCUACAAAGGGAAGUCCAUGAUGUAUCAUGACAGUCCCUGCUCUGAUGGCUACAUCUACAUCCCCCUGGCCUUUCUCAUCAUGCUUUAUGUCGUAUACCUGGUGGAGUGCUGGCACUGUCAUGCCAGAAAUGAGCUUCAGUAUAAAGUGCACAUGGAGGGGAUUUAUGAAAGAGUCCAGAGGAUGCAGCAGGCGAAGCCUUGCAUCUGGUGGAAGGCAAUCAGCUACCACUACGUUCGGCGGACGCGGCAAGUCACGAGGUACCGCAACGGAGAUGCGUACACAACCACACAGGUGUAUCAUGAGAGGGUGAACACGCGUGUAGCCGAGGCAGAGUUCGACUACGGCCACUGUGGAGUUAAGGAUGUCUCCAAGCAGCUAGCUGGUCUGGAAAAGUCAGCCAUCACCAAACUGAGGUUCACUAAGUGCUUUAGCUUCGCCAGCGUGGAGUCCGAAAACUCCUAUUUGACCCAACGGGCAAGGUUCUUCACCGACAACGAAGGACUGGAUGAUUAUAUGGAGGCUCGGGAAGGGAUGCACCUGAAAAACGUAGACUUCAAAGAGUACAUGAUUGCCUUCUCCAACCCCGACCACCAUCCUUGGUACAUCUCCAACUCCGUCUUCUGGACAGCGGCCUUUCUUACCUUAUCCUGGCCGUUACGGGUGCUGACAGAGUACCGCACGGCUUACGUCCAUUACCGUGUGGAAAAGCUCUUUGGUGCUGACUACAUACCUGUGACGCCCUGCGACGAGAGACCUUACUCUAGACGCAUCCCGAGGGUCAACACCAUCGACAGCACCGAACUGGAGUGGCACAUUCGAUCCAACCAGCAGCUGGUGCCCAGCUACUCCGAGGCGGGUCUGAUGGACCUGGCGCAACGUUCAGGAAGUGUCAGGCAGAACUGUGAACGCUGCCAUCGCGCCAUCAGCAGCUCCUCCGUGUUCUCCCGCAGCGCCCUCAGCAUCUGCAACAGCAGUCCACGGAUCCCCUUCAGCGGGAGUCGCUUCUCCUUGGGAAGACUGUACGGUUCCCGCCGCAGUUGCUUCUGGAGAAGCGGGAGCGGCAGUCUGGACGAACCAGAGAGCCCCAGCGAGAACACGCGAUGCCUGUCCGGACAGAUAAAUGUUGACGAGGAAGACCCACCGCCCUACCAGGAUGCGCUGUACUUCCCGGUGCUUAUCGUUCAUUGCAAUGAGAGUUGCCCCAAUCACCGAUCCUUCCAUAGGAACAGCUCGUGCGUGGAGACGUCUUUAUGAUGGACCACCGAAAGAAGUUCAAAAGACGUGAGAGUCUUUCCGAUAAUGCAGAAAAAUAUCAAUACCAGAUGUGUCCUGUUACUCAGGAAUCAUUUAUUGGAAUAUGUAUUGGCCCACAACACUGUAUGCUUACAACAAUGGACGGAGCAAUUGAGAAAUAACCCCAAUAAUACAUAUUUAUAGCAAUAAUGCAAACAAAGCAUUGGAGUUCUAGGUACAAGUAAUAAUUUUGAUUAACUUGCUAUAUAGGACAGCAAAAACGGGCUGUUUUUGUUCAUAUGUUUUUGACAGCUAUAAAUAACAUUGGCCACAGAGCAAAAACCUGGUCUUUUUUCUACAAGUAUGACCAUUUUCACCUUGAUGGACCUUCAUAAAUGUUGCACUUGAAGUUAGAUCAGUCAAAUCAUCUGUAAAAGAAUGUUACUUUGUUCCUCUCAUGUAGUGGAUUCUAUUGGACCAUGAAAUAUAUGGUUUACAUUCAUAUAAGAACACUCCUUACUGUAUGUGAGAAAAAUAUCAUGGGUUAUUUGUACUUGUAUUGUGAUUUAACCGUAUCAGGCAAGACUAUAUACUAUUACGGACUAUUAUGGCGAUGUUCGCAACACUAUCUCAAACCUCUUAGGAAACCAUAUGAUACAUUUCAGGCUAUGCAACUAUUAACCUCUGGUAUGUUA